AUGAUGAUCGUCACAAAGUCCAGACCUUCCAGCCCUAGCCGGGUUAGUUUUGUGAAGAAGAAGAUUGAGACCAAAAGCUCUUUAGCACAUCCCUCAGUGUCUGUCACGGUGGUGGAAUCUGUAGAAAGUUCAAGUAUAGUUCAGUGUGAUUGUGAGAAUGACUCAAGUUUUAAUAGAGUUGUGCCACCAGCUGUUGACAAAAAGCAGAUCCAAGACACUGCAGGUCCUCCAAUGCGUAACCUGAGUAGUAACAUUCCUCAGUCUGUCACAGUGGUGGAACUUGUAGAAAGUUCAAGUAUAGUUCAGUGUGAUUGUGAGAAUGACUCAAGUUUGAAUAGAGUUGUGCCACCAGCUGCUGACACAAAGCAGAUCGAAGACACUGAAGGUCCUCCAAUGCAUAACCUGAGUAGUAACAUUCUUAUAGAUCAAAGCCCAGAGAGAGAUGACGAAUCUCAAGCUUCUGAAGAUUCUCAAUCUUCUAGUUUGGAAACGGAAAGUGAAAUUUCUGCAGAUUCUACAAGCACGACCGACACUGCAGAGAACGACUCUUCUUCAAGCGAGCCAGAAUAUUACGAGUAUAUCAGAUGGGAAGGUUAUGACAUGGAAUACGAGCUGUCAGGUUAUAAGUGCAUGAUAUGUGACAUGGAACUUUCAAUUUCGCCAAGUGGAAACGAUGAUGAACAUUCUGAAGAUAAUGAUUCUGACGAUGAGUAUUACGAUGAGUAUCAAGACGAACCUCAACUAUUUCCAGCUGUAGAUAUUCUGUCAUGUGGUCAUGCCUUUCAUACAGAAUGCUCAACCUCAACAGAAUUAAUCACAGAUAAACAAUCUACAGAUCCCGAGUGUGUUUUCUGUUUGAGCAUGGCUUGAAUCUGUGUUAUCUUAGAACUGAAACCAUCUUUUGUGAAUGUACAGAAACUGAGGAGAUUUGAUUUAUCGAAGAGAUGAAAUUCCCCUUUCUUUGUAUAGAUUUCUUUGUAGAAGUCUAAUUU